UAAAAUCUUAAAAUUCAGGGGUAGAGGGGCAAUGUAGCAGUUCUGGGUUGCCGAUUUGAAUCGUUGAGGGAAGAAAGUAGAAGGAAGUGUGACGAAAUGACAAAGAAUAGGAUUCCAAUAUGGAUAUGCGUAUUUCCCCGCCAUGAAAAAGAAAAGAAUCGGUUCUUGCUUUCUCUUUGAUUUCAAUUUCCAAUAAUAAUAUUUAGUAUAAAUUAUUGACCUGCAAAGCAAUUGACCCCUCAUCGCAAUUUCGGUAAUUGUUGCUCAUCUAACACUAUUACAUGUUUCUGUUAAUAUCUCCUAUCUGGUAGAUAUCUUUGCAUUGCUGAAAGUUGCUGGAGCUCAAACGAAAGCCGCAAGCGCACUCUUUAAGAUGACAUCCCUGUGAAGCUUGUUUUUUUUAACCGCUUGAUAUGUAAGAAGGAAUUGAUGAAGAGCAAGAAAUGAACUCCGGCCUUGCCGAGACUGCAUGGUCAUUGCAUUUGAUAUUGCUUACAUGGAGAUAGCACUCCUCAUACGAAUUUUCAAAUACACCAAGUCUUUGCCCGGGGAUCGAUGCCAUUUUUUUCAAUGCUGAACCUCAAAUUCUCCCACAAUGCGCACAUACAAUUUAGGCCUAUACGACCUUCUGAUCUGGAAGUACUGGAGAAACUCCAUGGGGAUAUGUUCCCCAUCAGAUAUGAAUCUGAGUUCUUCCAAAAUGUCGUUAAUGGCCGGGAUAUUAUUUCCUGGGGAGCUGUCGAUUGCAAUCAGCCCAAUGGUCAAGAUGACGAACUUAUUGGAUUUGUGACGGCCCGGAUCGUUCUAGCAAAAGACAGUGAGAUAGAAGAUUUUCUCAGAAAUGACUCUGCUAGGUCGAACCACACACUGGUUUACAUCCUAACACUGGGAGUUGCAGAAGGUUAUAGAAAUCUUGGAAUAGCUAGCUCUCUAAUUCACGAGGUAAUAAAAUAUGCCUCAACAAUCCCAACUUGCCGAGCAGUUUACCUACACGUGAUCUCGUACAACAACCCAGCCAUAUAUUUGUAUAAGAAGAUGUCCUUUCAGUGUAUAAGAAGGUUACCUGCUUUUUAUUUUAUUAACAGCCAGCACUAUGAUGCGUACUUGUUUAUCUACUACAUGAGUGGUGGUCGCUCUCCUUGCUCGCCAAUUGAGCUCAUUGCGCUUUUAGUCACUUAUGCAAAGAGUGGAUUCAAGAAGGCGGCAGCAAAACUGUGGAGGAAUGAAAGCAGAAAGCCCUUAAAGUUGCCGAAAUGCAAGGAGUCUGGUUGCCUUCUCCCAGCAAAACAGAACAAAAGGAUGUUGCCUGAGGGUUCUCGGUCUCAAUUUGUAUGAUCUUCUCAUACAUUUUAGUCUAUACUGGAAAAUGGUCCUAAAGGUCAGAGGGAGUGUAGUCGUCUUCUGUCUCCUGUUUCUUAUUGAAGUUUGCCUUUUACCUGUACUUAUAUUAAAGAAACUUAUGUAAUAUUUUCGGCUUCUAUCCCUGUUAAUUACUAGUUGAUUUGUAAAUUCUUGUAAAAAGUCACCUAAUAAAGUUAAUGUCAGAUAUUUUCUUUUGUUCCUCUG